CGCAAAUACUGCGCCAAAAUUCAAAAUCCCAUUUACUUUCACACUGAAUGAAAGGAGAUUGAGAUCUACAAACUACCUGUCAACUUUCAUUUUCGAUUAUUGUCAUUGUUUAAUUAAGGAGUCAAAAAACCCAGAACAAAAGCGAAUUGCAUCCCCAUAAUAUGAAGACAUCAAGUGAAGUCAAAGGGCCAGCUCUGUAAUCUGGGCAGAAUGAGACAGAGCCCAAGAAGGCCCCUGAUCCUUAGGAGGAGGAAGCUUCCUUUUCAGCUAAAUGAACCAGCAAUUGAUGAGCCUGAUGGACUACGACACAAGGAAGCAUCCACAUCCAAACCCUCAGGUGGCCAGUGUUUUCCUGAUGGCAUCCGUAUCAUGGACCAUCCCACUAUGCCUGGCACACAAGUGGUUGUCAUCCCCAAAACUGCAGACCUUCAGAGUGUAAUUGGGGCCCUCACUGCCAAGGGGAAGGAGUGUGGCUCUCAAGGACCAAACAAAUUCAUCCUUCUAAGUGGUGGUGGCUGUAUCAAGGAUGGUGCAGAUUCUUUCUGUCAACCUAGCUAUAUGAGCGGUUUCAGCUCUGGUAGGAGUAGCAUGGCUCUUGUCACACAGCCAGAGAAGGCAACAACAAUGGACUGCCUAAAGGAUACUAAGGCUUUGACUACAAUUAAACCAUUGAAUAGGGACCUUGAUUGCAGUCCUCUAGAUGACAGCCUUACUAACAUCCAGUGGCUUGGGAGGAUGAAUACAGACGGUCUUGACCCAGAUCCUGCUAAGAAAGCUGCCAACAAAGAGAAUCAUGACACUUGCCAACAGAUUCUCCAGUCACAAAGUGAGCGAAUGGAAGCACACAGGGUUGUCAAAGACCCCUUGUCAGAGAGACCACCCUACUCGUACAUGGCAAUGAUUCAGUUUGCCAUCAACAGUAAGAAGAGCAGGAGGAUGACAUUGAAAGAGAUCUACACUUGGAUUGAGGAUCACUUUCCAUAUUUCAGAAAGGUGGCCAAGCCAGGCUGGAAGAAUUCCAUCCGCCACAAUCUCUCCCUGCAUGACAUGUUCAUCCGUGAGACAACACAAGAUGGCAAGAUCUCCUACUGGACCAUCCGCCCAGAGGCCAAUCGCUGCCUUACUCUUGACCAGGUUUACAAGACUGAGUCUGAUCCAACUUCCAUCUCGUCUCGGACCAUGCAGGUCUGUGACCAACAUCAACAAAAGAGACUUGCUCCUGACAUCAAGAAAACAUCUGCCGGUGUCCCUGAGAGGAAGAUGAAGCCCCUUCUUCCUCGUGCAGACUCCUACCUGGUCCCCAUCCAGCUGCCUUUCACCCAGUCACUCUUCCUGUCCUCGUCCACACGGCUCCCCCUCUCUGCCCCCCAACAGAAAUCUAGCUCCUCAGGAGGGGGCAAGAGGGUCCGUAUAGCUCCCAAGGUUACGUACAGUGAUGCCUCCACAGUGAUGCUGUAUGCUCCUCCAAUUGAGGAGAUGAAGGAGGAGCAGGUCAGUGUACCCCUGAUCUCCGUUACCCCUAGGGCCAUUCUGACCAACACCAGGAAGGAAGUCAGCAGCUCCCGUCGCAAGCAGCGCCUCGUCCUACCUUCCAACGAGGAGCCCGUGCUCCUCUUCCCUGACAGCACCUUCUUCGACUCGGGCCUGGCCUCCGACGGCUCCGCCUUACAGGACGCCGAGCUCGACCCCCGGCCGGAGCCUGACAGCCCCUGCAGGGAGUUCUCUUUCAAGACCCCCAUCAAGAGCAGCCACCCAGCCUCCUCCACCCCCAGCAAGCCACCCACUGUGCUGUUAGAGCCCUGGAGGGUAACCCCGCUGGGCAAGGAGAGAGGCGGCAUGCUGGACUUCAGCCCCAUCCGCACCCCCGGCCCCAGCUUCACCCCGGACCGCCAUAACCACACCCCCUUCAGCUUCAGUAGCACUCCCUUUAAGGACCUGCCCUUGUUCAACUCCCCUCGUGAGCUGCUCACCUCUGCACGCUCCACAUCUGCGGCUGGCCCCACCGGCACCUGCUCCCCGGGGCCAGAGCGUCUGCAGGGCUGUUCCAGAGAGCUCCAAAUCGGGGGUCCCUCCACAGCCAACCGCUCCCUUACAGAGGGCUUGGUCCUGGACACCAUGAACGACAGCCUGAGCAAGAUCUUGGUGGAUAUCAGCUUCUCUGGCCUGGAGGAUGAUGAUCUGGGUAUGGGGAACAUCAGCUGGUCUCAGCUCAUCCCUGAACUCAAGUAGCCACUGCCGAGCAGAGAGCGCAACCCUUUCAAAGUUCUUUGCUAGAUGAGGAUGCCAUAGUCUCAUCAUUACCCAAGCUGCUCACAUUGUCUUCCAAUCUGUAAAUGUGGGAGUUUUCUUUCUGACUUAGAUUUUACCUUUGUCUUUGGUUGCUUUUGUCACUACUAACCAGUUUUGUUUUUCUCUCGCUUGGUUGUGUUUCAUGCCACAAGCUUAAGUGACCAUAUUUUGAUUACAAUUCACUGUCUCCCACCAUAGUCUUGAAGGAACUUCUAGGGAACCGAAAAGUAUGCCUGAGUUGUAUGUUGAUGUAUGUAGCCUACAUAGAAGAUGUAUGUUUAAUUUGCACAUUUUGUAAUAUGUUUUGCUCUUUAAAAUGUACAUUUAUACAUAGAUAAAUCAUCACUAUCCAGUGAGACCGACACUACCAUGCUAGAAUAUAAGAUGUGGUGCCUCCUCUGAAAGUGAGCGAGUCUCCAUUUGAUUGGACCUCUGAUAGGAUGUAACAUGAUGUACAGAUGAUCAACCACCAAUGAGAGAAAGUAAUAAAACAACAAGGACUGUCUACACCCAAAGGAGAUGCCAUUUUUGAUUGACCAAGUCAACACUUAUUCUAGUGCACUUUUGUAACUUAUUCUAGGUAUGACACAAUGUCCAAUCUGCUUUGUGAACUUUUAAAAGAGUGGUAGUAGUGAGUGAGAAACUAUGUAAAAGCAUGAAGUAGUAUGGUGAUGUCUUACAUUUGUCUGUAGAAGGGGAAUAUAUUUGAAUUUUUUUUUAAAAAUGUAUGCUUGAAUUGUCAUUGGAAGAUUAAACAUUUAAUGCAUGA